AUGGCCAAGAAAGCAAAGUCACGCACUAUCGCCGUGCGCAUCAUCUCAAUGGCCUUGACUGGUUACUACAAGACUCUUGUUCGACCUCGCACACAUAGACCGCUGAGCAUGCUCAAGUACGAUCCUGUCGUCAAGAAGAAGGUUCUCUUCCUCGAGGCAAAGCGUGGUGGUUCGAAAUGA